AUGGAGAAGGUCGCAGGGGAGUCCUUGUCCCCGAGCUACCUGCUGCUUCUAGCGCAACUUGUGGCGACCGCAGUUGAAGUGCAGCGCCACAAUGCCUCGGUCCAGGACGCUGCAGUGGAGCCCGUGGCCGAUGGCAAGGUUCCAGCAGCUCCAGAUGCUCCGGUGGUCGUGGAGACGGCGCAGCAGGCGGCACAAGCGACAGCGAGCAUGGCCGCCGCCGAGGCUGAGGUCCUCCUUGUGAUUUCUGCUCAUGGCUGCACUAAUGAGAGUUUCUUUGUUUGCGCAAGCUGCCGGUGA